CUGAGCGCCGUGUAUUACACUUUGUCUAGUUAGAAACAAACAUUUAUACCGCACGGAGCUGAACAAAAACUUCCAGCACACCUUUAGGAAUGUCUUUCACAAGUCAACGGCGUAACAUCUCUCACAGCCACCAUCAGAAGAUGAUCUUGGAGCACCGCAAACAGGAGGAGAUGCGUGAAGAUCACUCCAAACGCGUCGCUAAAGAGCGGCAGCUUGAAGCCAACCUUAGCUGCGAAGACAGAAUCGAGAGAAAGCGUCUCCUGCGCAAGCUGCAAGAUGAAGAGUAUGGCAGACAAAUCGAGGAAUCACUUCUCAGAGCAGAAGAGGACAAAUUGUUCAGAGAGAGGCAGCUUGAACAGGAGGAGAGGAUGGCCAAGGAGUUGGCAAGAAUUAAUAAUGAGAAACUCCGAGAUGAGAAGAUGAGGCAGUAUAUUAAAGAGAACAGCGUUGAGCUUCGAGAAUUGGAGUUAAAGCUCAAAUCUGCUUACCUGAACAGAGAGCGGGCAGCGCAGAUGGCAGAAAAGGAAGCGAUGCGAUAUGAGACAUUGAGAGAAGAAGCUAUGAUUGCACGUACAAUGCGGGAUGAGCAUGAGCUUGCAGAGAUGGAGAAGGAGAAGCUGGAGCAGAAGAAGUAUGAAGAGGUGGUGCGAUACCAGCAAGAACUUGAACGGCAGCUUGAGGAGAAGGAGCGCAAGAGGCAGGAAGCCUAUGAGGAGUUUCUUAAAGAGAAACACAUGGUGGAUGAAAUCGUGCGCAAGAUCUAUAUGGAGGAUCAGAUGGAACUUCAGUUACAACUUGAUAAGAUGACGGCCACUCAGAGGUACAUUGAAGAUUUUAAAAAGCAACAAGCAGAGUGGAGACGUAUGGAGAGAGAGAAGGUGGAAGCAGAGAACAGACGCAUCAUUGAGUUUGCCCAGUACCAACAGAGGAAGGAGGAGGACAGAAUGGCCAAAGUUAGAGAGCGAGAGCAGGCAAAGGAGACCCUGCACAAAAUGCUUUCUGAGCAGAUUGAGUUGGAAAAACAACAGCGUGAGAAGAUGGAGCGCGCACGUGAGGAACUUUGCUUGGAAGAGCAGGCAGAAGCUGCAAGACGACAAGAAAUUGAAGAGAUGGAGAAGAGGAUACGGCAGCGUCUGGAGCUACAGCAAACUCAGCAAGAAAUGAUGGCCUUCAAGAAGUUGCGCUUACAAGAGGAAAAAGAGGAAGAGGAGGCCUUCAGACACAUGAUGAUGGCCAAAUUUGCAGAGGAUGAUCGCAUUGAGCAGAUGAAUGCUCAGAAGCGUCGUAUGAAACAGCUAGAACACAAACGGGCUGUGGAGCAGCUUCUGGAAGAGAGGAGACAACAGUAUCUGGCUGAACAAGAGAGGGAGGAACAGGAGAGAGCAGUUGAACUGGAGAGAGAAGCUCAGCGCAGGAAGAUCAUUGAAGAGGAGAGACAGAGGCUCCUGAAACAGCAUGCGACUAAACUGCUGGGAUACCUACCAAAGGGUAUUUUCAAAGAAGAUGAUCUGGAGCACUUUGAUGAGGAUUUUAAAAACAAUUUCAAGCAACGGCAGGCAGAUCUAUUCUCAGAUGAGGGCUGGGGAGAUGAUUCGCAGUAGGGUAAUUCCACCAUGAUGGUAAUUCAUGAACACUACAUGGCAUUCUUUUUUUUAAUCUGUCUGCACUGGACUGGUAUAGUUUACUGCUGGGUGUAUCUUCCAUUUUCACAAAAGAUUAAAACAAACGUCAGACAUUAUACAAACAUGUUUUCUUUAAUGUAAUUUACAUAGUAUGUUUAAGUUAAUUUUACUGUGUAAAUGUCAAAUUUAUUUAACCUAGUGAUUGUGGUUGAUGAUGAAAUAUUGGUCUUAAAAAGAAACUACCUAUUAAACAUGAAUAUUUAGAUUAUGUAAGGUGAAUAUGUCACAUUCUGGUUAAUACAGUGUUGUUUUCUUUUGUCUGAACCAUAUUGUUGAUUGUUCAUUAUUUAUAGAAUAGGUUAUUCAUCUCGAGUCAGAAAGCACGUAAGCAGUUCCUUUCCUCUGCGUGAUUUCAUUGCUUCCUAAGAAAGAACUGGACAUGGUUAAUGGUUGGCAGGCAGUAAAUCAUACAAGCAAGAAUUUAAUCAAAUGUGACUGCUCAUGUACAGUCAAGUCUGUCAGUGUCUCAACGUCUGUCAGUCAGUAUGUUCACUUAGUCCAUUACAUUGGUCUGCCCACUGUCAUAGCCAUAAUGUUCUUCCACCUACUAGAAGUGUCGACUUCUCAAUACCACAUCCAUACUAAAAAAUAUGUCAUGCCCCUCUUGGAAAUGAUCUUAUAAAGUUUCAUUUGAAAGGCUGUCAUCUUUUCAAUCUUAUUAAAUAUUGUUCUUAAAUUAAAGAGCCAUAUAAUGAAUAUCCUUGGACGUGUCAAUAAACCGAUUCAGCUUUCCGAUUCAACUUUUGCUCUGCAUCACCAUCAGCAAUCGAGGAAGUUCAUGCUCAAUGUUAAAGUCAGCGUGAACCAGCUUCCAACUAACUGGAAUAUUGAGUAGAGGGUAGGUCUUUCUUUUUACACAUCAUCCCCUCAUAGCACACUUACAGUAAGAGCUUAAAGAAUAUUGUGGCUGAAACCAUCAAACAGACAUCAUCAGAGAAGGACUGUCACUCCAAAUGUCGAAGCAAAUGUUCAGACUUUGAUUAAAGAUCAAAACAAACAUUUUUUUUUCUGCGGAUUAACUUGCACAGAUUAAUUGUUCACCUAAAGAAUAACAUUGUGCGCUUGCAAAAUAACCAUUGUCAUUGUCAGUUUAUUUCAUAUGGAUUUUCAGCCUGUUUAAAUCAGUUUUAUUAGAUCACCACAUAUUCUUCUUAUGUGCUAUGCUGAUAAUAAAGGCUCUUGUCUUCUCCAGAUAACUCAUCCCAGUGUCUUAAUUAUACCCUAGAAAUGACCUCAGAGUAGUAGUAGAGGUUUAAUGUUAAAAAGCAAUCAAUCAUUUUA